GGUGCGUAUCUUUGGCAUGGCGUCGACGUGGCGCAAGGUGCUGCGGCAGACGUCGGUGCUCUUGUCGCCGACGCGGCCGUCGCUGCGGCAAAUCCACGAGCCCUUGCCCAAAAUCCCAGUUCGUGUCAGCUGGCUGCUCAUCGAGCUCAUCACAUACGUCGACACGCAUUGUACCAUCAAUGAGACGUUGUACCGCGAGCAAGGCCGGAGCACCGAUGCAUCGGAGCUCUUGGAGCUCGUCCAGCACCACGCGUCGAACACGAGCGCGCCCAUCUCGGAGCGCCUGUCCGCCUUCUCUUCUGCCGUGCUCACGACCGUGAUCGUCCAGAUUCUGCACACAUACGAACCUUUGCUAUCGUACACCGUCUCCCAAGAGCUCCUGGAGCGUGGACGUACUAGUACGAUCGAAGCCAUUGCCACGGCCUUGCCAAAGGUCCGCUCCACAAGCCGCCAAGUGCUCCGCGUCCUGCUUGGCCACCUCGCACAUGUAGCGUCAUGUCUCGAUGUGCGCAAGCCAGUGAAGCACUUGAGUCGUCUCGUGGGCCUGCACGUCGUCCGGCCUUCCGAGGACCCCGUGUCGCUCAACCAACGCGACGCAGUCAAGGCGCGCAUUGUGCUCUCGAACGCGCUCAUUGCAGGUGCAGCGAGCUGGCCGUACGACUGCCAAGCAUCCAUGCCCACAGCCAAAGAGCUUCUCUUUCUGCUCAAGCUGCAGUGGCCAGAGGACGCGAUCGCAUCGGAAGACCACUUGCUCCGCUGUCUGAACAAGUACGGCGCCGUCGAGUCCAUCGAGUGCGACCUCGGAAGCUUCAAAGCCAAAGUGUGUUUGCGUCUUCGGUCGUCGAAGCCUCUGAAUCGGACAGUACUCAAGCUCCACGCAAAAGCGCGCAUCUACGUCGUCUACGCCGCCUUGCAGCACGAGGGCGACGCAUCACCCGAACUCCGCUUGUCGCAAGGCAUCACAGAGACCUUGCGCCUUCUUGACGACAUUCUCGCAGAUGCACCGUCCAACGCGUUCGAGACACACAAGCUACAUGAAAGUCAUGUUCACGCUAUGACCAAGGUCUUGGAAGCCGAGGUGCGCGCGUCACAGGAGUUGCUGCGCCUCCACAAGGCGCAAUACGAUGCCCAGGCCAAACACUGGGAAGUCGAGCUGACGACAGCCAAGUUGCUCCGUCUCGAAGCAGAGAAGCUCAAUACGGACCUGCGGCAAGAGCUUCAUUCGACGCGCAGUGAGCUUGCUUGCCACCUAGCGAUGCUCUCGCACCUUCGACGGGACAGUGCGACACUGCACGAGCGUGCGGUCGUGGCCGAGGCGCAGACUGAGACCUUGACCCGCGAGAAAUCAGAGUUGGAGGCCCAAGUGCUUUCCUUGAAGGACGUGGCGGCCAAAGCGCAGAUCCGUGUCGAGUCAUACAAGCACCAAGUAAGCAACCAAGAGGACGAACCAACAGACGUCAAGCCACCAGCGCGAUCCACGGACGCACUAGCGAACGUAAAGGGAGAGAUGAGCCGACAGCUGCAGCGCCAAAUUGACACGGCACGGGCGGCGAUUGCGGCCAUGGCAGCAAAGGACCCCGCGACGCAACACUUGUCGCACCAAGAAGAAACCUUGUCGAUGCUGCUGGGCCAGCUGGAGCAAACCCAGGUGGCACAAGAAGCUGGUGCGGAUGCGGCGCUCUCGGGCGCACGGCGCAAGCUUCAGCAGCUCUACACGCCGCCGGUUGAUCUUGGCGAGGACCGCGUCGACGCGUGGACUUUGGAGUUGCGACGAACUCUGGCGACUGCCCAGCGCGGUGUUGGACGACCCGCCUCGAACGCUGACUCGCUGAACGCAGCCAAAGAGUCCCUCCGACGCUUCCAGGCGACGCUCCACCGCGUAGGUCCAUGAGACUACACUAUGAAG